GUCAUGGCGCGUUGUGGCAUAGGGUGCGUGAGUUAGUGACGAAAAAUGUGAAAAUUAGCCAAUUGAUUAGUGUUGUUUUUCAAAUAUUUCUAUGCAUUUUAAGUGAUUAGUGUAUCUAGUGGAUUGUGUUUGUGUUUUCUGUAAUGGAAUUACGUCUACACUCGCCCGCGGGGGCCGAACCCGUUGUUUAUCACUGGCCACUAACCUCGGGCAGAGGAUCGGAUAAGCAUGACGGAGCCAUCGAAAUCGUGGAAACAAUACGAUGGGUCUGUGAAGAUCUGCCCGAGAUGAAAGGUGCUCUUGAGAACAACGUGCUCAGCGACUAUGACACCAGGUCUUACGCUAGCAUGAAAUCUCUCUGUGAUAAAUACAAUCGUGCGGUCGACAGCAUCGUGCAACUAGAAAAAGGUACAUCACUGCCAUUGGCGCGUUUGAAUAGGCCGCCCUCUCGCGAACUCCUGCGUCACAUACUGCAGCAGACGUACAAUCAGGCUGUGUCUGAUCCAGACAAAUUAAACCAAUAUGAACCUUUCUCUCCUGAAGUCUAUGGAGAAACAAGCUAUGAACUCAUCUGCCAGAUGAUCGACCAAAUAGAAAUUAAAGAGGACGAUGUAUUCGUUGAUCUCGGAUCAGGUGUUGGGCAAGUGGUGUUGCAAGUAUCUGCCGGAACUGCGAUCAAAAAGUGUUACGGUAUAGAACGUGCAGAAGUUCCGUCAAGGUACGCCCAGGAAAUGGACUCCUGUUUUAGAAGAUGGAUGAAGUGGUACGGUAAACGCUGCGGGGACUACCAGCUGAUAAAGGGUGAUUUUCUAACAGAUGAGUUCCGAGAACGAAUAAAUUCAGCUACAAUUAUUUUCGUAAAUAAUUUGCUUUUGGACCAACCGAUAACCGAUCGAAAUCUGAGUGAUAUUGGAACUAUUAUGCAUGUUAGUGAAAUGUCACCAUUGAAAGGCUCAGUGUCAUGGACUGGUAAACCUGUUUCUUAUUAUUUACACAUUAUUGAUAGAACGAAGUUGGAAAGAUAUUUUCAAAGACUCAAAAAUCCAAAGGGCACUGAUGAAAAUAAUGAAAUUUGGCUUCAAACCAAACUUCUCGUACCGGAAGAAAUAAUCGAGCCAGCAAAUCGCCUGAUGAUUGGAAUGAUGAUACAAAUGAUUUUACUGGAGCUCGACCAACAACUAGGCGAGCAUGGACUGAUUUUUAUGGAAAUAAGUCGGACGAUGAAAAUUCACAGACUAAUGGAUAAGCAUGACGGAGCCAUCGAAAUCGUGGAAACAAUACGAUGGGUCUGUGAAGAUCUGCCCGAGAUGAAAGGUGCUCUUGAGAACAACGUGCUCAGCGACUAUGACACCAGGUCUUACGCUAGCAUGAAAUCUCUCUGUGAUAAAUACAAUCGUGCGGUCGACAGCAUCGUGCAACUAGAAAAAGGUACAUCACUGCCAUUGGCGCGUUUGAAUAGGCCGCCCUCUCGCGAACUCCUGCGUCACAUACUGCAGCAGACGUACAAUCAGGCUGUGUCUGAUCCAGACAAAUUAAACCAAUAUGAACCUUUCUCUCCUGAAGUCUAUGGAGAAACUAGCUAUGAACUAAUCUGCCAGAUGAUAGACCAAAUAGAAAUUAAAGAGGACGAUGUAUUCGUUGAUCUCGGAUCAGGUGUUGGGCAAGUGGUGUUGCAAGUAUCAGCCGGAACUGCGAUCAAAAAGUGUUACGGUAUAGAACGUGCAGAAGUUCCGUCAAGAUACGCCCAGGAAAUGGACUCUUGUUUUAGAAGAUGGAUGAAGUGGUAUGGUAAACGCUGCGGGGACUACCAGCUGAUCAAGGGUGAUUUUCUAACAGAUGAGUUCCGAGAACGAAUAAAUUCAGCUACAAUUAUUUUCGUAAAUAAUUUUGCUUUUGGACCAACCGUUGACCAUCAAUUAAAGGAGAGAUUUGCAGACCUUAGAGAUGGAGCCAGGAUAGUGUCAUCUAAAAGUUUUUGUCCUCUAAAUUUUAGGAUAACCGAUCGAAAUCUGAGUGAUAUUGGAACUAUUAUGCAUGUUAGCGAAAUGUCACCAUUGAAAGGCUCAGUGUCAUGGACUGGUAAACCUGUAUCUUAUUAUUUGCACAUCAUUGAUAGAACAAAGUUGGAAAGAUAUUUUCAAAGACUCAAAAAUCCCAAGGGCACUGAUGAAAAUAAUGAAAAUUUGGCUUCAAACCAAACUUCUCGUACCGGAAGAAAUAAUCGAGCCAGCAAAUCGCCUGAUGAUUGGAAUGAUGAUACAAAUGAUUUUACUGGAGCUCGACCAACAACUAGGCGAGCAUGGACUGAUUUUUAUGGAAAUAAAUCGGACGAUGAAAAUUCACAGACUAAUGGAUCAAGUAGACCUAAAAGGGCUGCAACAAAUAAAAAGAUGAGGCGGAAAGUUACACGCAAUAGUCCAACUACUACUACUAUAAAAGCUUCGCCUACAAAUAGUACUUCAACUAAACCAGCUAAAAGAGGUCCGGCACGAGGAAGAGUACGCAAGACAAAGACUAAACGACCAUUGAAAAUACAAGGUCUUGACUUACUGCAUAGCAAGACUUUAUCCAGUACUUCUCCACAAGCAACUAUGAAAAUGUCUCCUGGUCGAGGCUGUGUGGAUCAGCGUCUAACAUCAUUAUCACAAGCUGCAAGUCAAGUGUCAAAUGUUUCUCAUGAAGAGCUUGAAAUUCCUGCAAGACCAAGAGAUACACCAUAUGCUCUGCAGAUUUUACUGGAUCUUUACAGAGAACAAUUCACUAGAGUGUUGGAUCAGAUGAGAGGGCCAGGUUAUAAAGAAAGUAUCAACAAGCAAAUUGGACAGGAAAAGGAACGAAAUCAGCGGCUAAUUUCUAGAGCGGCUCAGUUGGAGAAGCAAAUUCGCGUUCUUAUCGAUGACUCAGUAUUACUCUUACGAGCACGAAUGGGAGAACUUGGUAUAGAAGCUAGUUCACCAGCUGAUCUUCUCAGCAAAGCUAAGGAAAUUGUAGGUAGACAUAAAGAGUUGCAAGGCCGAGCUAGCAAGCUGCAGAUGCAGGUAAAUGAAAUUGAAGAAGAACAGAAACGCUUAGUAAAUCUCCGACUGCCAGAGGUCAUUGGCAAAUUUCGUUACAGUGGUUCAUCUGAACAAGCUGGACAACAAUCAGCAGCAAAUGCUCAAGAAUCUGUACCGGAUGCCGUGUCACAAGAAUGUAUUUUGAGAGAGAUUUGUGCUACUAUGUCGCAUAGGAAAAAAUUGCGCAUGCAGGUUUACCGUCUUGAGGACGAAAUAGUUCAAUUAGAAAAGGCUGAAGAAGAAAAGAAGCUGUUAAUACAACAUAAACAACAGCAACAACAAAAUAUUGCACAUCAACAAAAUGUUUCAAUGGUGAUCUCAAACAAGGCACAAAAACCUUCACGGAAGCAUCGGGAAAAUAGAUCCAGAUCACAGGAGUGGCCUGAUGUUCCAGAUAUAGGCAAAAUAGAAGAAAAUAAUCCAGAAAUAUUAGCUCAAAAAAUACUUGAGACAGGAAGACAAAUCGAAGCCGGAAAAUUAGCUAAGAAUAAUUAUAUAAAUGGUGAUGCUAAACUGUCAGUGAAUAGUUAUUCAAAAAGCAGUCGUGAUAGAAAUGAUAAAAUUAGAACAGUUAGUAAUAACAGCAGUUCUGUAGUUAAGCAAAAUGUAGUUAGAAGUGUUAAUCAAAAUAAUACAAAUCAUGUUAAUGUGGUCAAAAAUAAACCCCAAGAAAGUCCCAAAGUUAUAAACUUUGAGGAUCGUUUGAAAUCUAUUAUAACCUCUGUGCUGAAUGAAGAUCAAGAACAAAGGAAAGCUCAGCAAGUAACACAAGGUUAUUAUAAUACAAGUCAUCAUCAAAACUAUCAAUCUCAGAUAUAUAAUCAGAGUAGAGAUGAAAAACGUGAUUUCAAAUCACCGCAGCUUGAGACCUACCGAUACAAUGAAAAUCAACCACGGAUCCACGACGGUCGCGCAGAGCACUUGCUGAAACAGGAACCCUCUCUGUUUAGAAACGCCGAUGGCAGAUUAAGCGUUCCUCACAACCAGCCUGAUUACACACAAGUGUCUCCAGCCAAAUUAGCACUUAGGAGGCACCUGUCACAGGAAAAACUAUCACAUAAUUCUUCAACAAGCGUUCGAACUAUAGGAGAUCUAGUGAAUGGCGAGAUUGAAAGGACAUUGGAAAUAUCCAAACAGAGUAUCAUUAAUGCUGCAGUUAAUGGCAUGGUAACAGGUAGUUCAUCAACAUCCAGCAGUAUUUCAAACCGCUUGGACCGAUUAAGUGCCAACGAAACUCAAUCACCUGAUCCGCAGCAGCACCACCAACCACAAAGCAAUUUAUCCACACUUGCUCAGGCCGCUCAUAAACACUCUAUGCAAGCCCAGCAGGAUGCAGCAGCAGUUGUGGCUGCAGGAAAGAAUUACACGCCUCUACCACGUGGAGAAGCACCUACUUGUAGAGAGUCAUACUUUGCAGAUACUCAGAAUACGGCUGCUAGCAGCGGGCCUGCAGAUAAAGGGAAUAGUAAACCAUUAGAAGGAUUGGCAGCAAGCUUACAAGCAAGGGUCAUAGCCUCGCUGAAAAUUAAAGAGGAACAUGAACAAAGACAAAGACGUUUGGAAGCUACAUCUGCCUCCACAAACAGUACUUCUAAUGUAAUGAGUUCAAGUGGAAACACUAACAUUGUGUUUAAUGAACAACGCGGUUCUAAUAAUUCUGGAAUUCUUAAUAAUACUCAUGUUCACUCAUCUGGGCAUAAAAGAUCUUCAUCUCGAGAACAGCAGCCUACAAUGCACAAACGUCCUUAUGUCGCACCUGAAACCAACAGUGCUCCACAGCAAUCAAUAUCCCUUGAUCAUGAUGAUUCUAAUUCAUUAUCAUCUCUGAGAAUGGAUGAUAGCGGAAGUGUUUCUUCUAGGCAUAGACUCAAUGAUGAAGAUAUGGAUCUUACAGAUGAUAUUCCUUCGGGAUCAGACACAAAGUGGCGCGCUCGAAUAUCAUCUGGAUUCGAUAGAUUGGUAGCAUUUGCAUCCACAGAAUUAGACAAAAGGCGAAGAUCUAGUGAAGAGGUUGUGAGUGGAGCAGAAGCACUUUCAGCAAAUAGUCAUCAUGGGAUUAGCGAUGAUAUUACACCUGCUGCAGAUACUUCUCCUGAUAGUGGUAUAGGCCAUGGUGAGCCAACAUUGCCCUCUCACAAUCGUCAGCACAGCCAGUCUGUUUCUUCGCGUAUUUUUAAAACGCCACUUCCACGGAGGUCGGACAGUCCUCUAGCGAUAGAUGAUAAUACACCUUCAUUACACCAUCAGCAGUAUCAUCAUCAAAUGAUGAUGUUAGGACCCCCUCGCACGCCUAGUCCUUCUUACAGUCCGCCUCCUGCGCAAAAUGCUGCCAAUAAGCGAAGUGAUUCCAUUCCUCUAAGAUACCAGAGACAUCACAGCAGUGGCAGCCACCAUAGCCAACAACAUUCCCAGCUACUAGAUUCUGACAAAAAGUCUUCUUCUGUGAGUGGAGAUAUGCAACAUGAUCACCAUUUCAAGAAGAGGUUUCGGCAGCAUCAAAGGCGGGAGGAGUGGAACGGCGGUCCUUUAUGUCCUGAGCGAGAACGCGAGUUGUGGAAUGCUGAGAGACCUAUUGGAUCAGAUGGAUAUGGAGAUGGUCACACCGAAGAAAAUCGCAGAUUUAGACCAAAAGGCAAAGGCUGGGCUAGGCCUUCUUCUUGGGAUGAUGGACCUUAA